AUGUCAUAUAAGAUUAAUAAUAACUAUAAUGCAUUUAUAAAUUCCUUGUUUGAUAAAAAUGGAAACUAUCAACAACAGAAUCCUGAUAUUGAACAUGGUAUUGAAUUAGAAAACAGUCCACAAGUUAAUAGUAUGAAUUUAGAAAAUAAUCAAUGUCCUUCAUUGAUUUCACCAUCAAGUACUAAAACAUCCUUAUCAAAUCAUGAAUUAAUAAAUAAUGACUUACAAAAGCAACAAAUACUAAAUAAUGGUGUUAUACAACCUGAAUUUGAUUUAAAUUUAGCAUUACAAUUUCAACCUUAUCAAAAUAAUGAAUUUGUAAAAUCAAAAUCAUUAAAUGGUAGCUUCCAAGAUGGUAAUUUGCCAAAUUCAGUAGAAAUUGAACAACCAAUAAUUUAUAAUGAAAAUUUAGAUCAAUUUUUACACAAUACAACUCCAUUAGCAUCACCAUUAUCUAUCAAUCAACAAAAUUUCAUAAAACAAGAAGAGGUGGGAUCAGUAUUAAACUUCAAUGAUCCAAAACAGUUAACAAGUCAAGCUGCAAAUAUACAAUUCAAUAAUUCUUCACCACCUGUUUCACCAUUAACUACUACUGAUAAACCACCAACUAGAUUGAUUCGUAAGAAAUCAAGUAAAUUAUCAGAUGAAGUUGGUAAUCCAAUAAAUCAUAAUCCUCAUCCAGGUAGACCAAGAAUCAAAUCAGCACAUAAUGUAAUUGAACAAAGAUAUAGAAAUAAAAUUAAUGAUAAAUUUAACUCAUUACAAGAUUCAGUACCUACAUUAAGAAUAUUAGCAACCAAGAAAUUAAAAGAAAAAUUAUUAAUGAAACAACAAAAUCAAGAAGAUGGUAGUAUAAAUUAUGAUGAUUCAUCAGAUGAAGAUUUAGAUUAUCAAAUGAAUGGUAUUGACAUUAAUCAAUUAGAUGAAAAUAUAGAUUUAGAAGGUUUAGAACCAGCUAGAAAAUUAAAUAAAGGAACAAUUUUAGCAAAAAGUAUUGAAUAUAUUAAACAUUUAGAGUUGAAAAAUUAUAGAAUGAAAAAAGAACAUGAUGAUUUGAUUAUGAAAGCUAAAUUGUUGGGUAUGAAAAUUGAUAAACAAUUAGAAUAG